GCUCCUCCUUGAAGUGGCAGAGGGCGCUAGUUUCAAUAAAAAUGGAAACCUUUCGUGAGAGGUUUCUGGGUUUCCUAAAGUGAAAGUCUCUGGGUUUCCAGCUCCUCUAUACUGUAUCCGUAUGAGUCAACCAUUUGGCUAAACCCGCACCUAAAACCCAACAACCAUCAUGUAUUCCUGGUGGGCUUCUAUGCAAGCAGAAAUUGAGACUGAUGGGAGCAAUCGUAGCGUUCUUCAAAGCUUCCCCGACGGUGUGGGGAGGGAAGUGGUUCUUUCCGUGGUUCGGCAACUUGCAAAUCACCUGAGCUCGACAGCAACGAGUAGUCGUGUUGGCAGUCAGCAUCUACGGAGUCCACUUGACACUGAGAAGGAAGUGCUGUGGACUAUGGAGGUGAUCUGUUAUGGUUUGACGCUACCUUUAACUGAGCAAGAAGCCGUCAAAAGUUGUGUAAAUGUCUACUGCGAGUGGCUGAGUGCUCUUACCAUUCCCAAACACUCCAUACCCACGCCACUGCUCAAAGACCCCAACUUCUUUGUCCAGAGAAUCCUGAGGCAUCUCAUCAAUUUAUUCCAGCCAAGGGUACAGCCAAGAAUGCAAGGAAUGAAUAUGCAUGAGACGACGACCCAGGUCAUGCUGUGUCACCGCGUCUUGCGCUCUGUGCAGACUGUCGCUACUGAGAGCAUUGUCAUGACGAGACAGACGUGGGAGUCCCUCUUGAAGUUUCUAUUAGCCGUUAAUGACACUAUAUUGGCUCCACCCCUUGAACCAGGAGCGCUGUCUAUGGUGCCUGUUCCAGACAGCCUAGCAGAGCAGCUGUGCGAGCGGCUACUCAGCGUCCUCUUUGAGAUCUGGCUGCUGGCAUGCGGUCGCUGUUUCCCUUCGCCGACACUGUGGCGGACGUUCACAGACAUGUGUGCCACAUGGCGGCACCACGCCGCGACUGUGGAGCAGUGGAAUCGCAUCAACAAGGUGCUGACAUCCAGACUGCUGAAGAUUCUGUAUGGACCAGAAUUCCCAACUCUGCCCAUUGCCGAUGAAGAGGCUCACAUCAUCCCAACCGAGUUGGACAAUGACGGCGUAGCCCAGACUUGGUUCCGUUUCCUUCACUUGCUGGGUAACCCUGUCAACCUCUGCAGGCCAAAGGUCAUCAGCCACACCCCAAAGUUCCUGGCGGCGGCCGUGUCAUACCAACCCUCCCUGGAGCCCCAUCAGUUCACCUGCCUACAGGCGCUGCCUCAGAUCUUCCUGAAGGCCAUGAGAGGGGUGUCGGUCAUCAUCGAUGCAUUCUUGGGUAUAUUGACCCCACAGAGUGCUGACCCACAUUCCACCCGCAUAUCCACCCUCCCGAUCGAUGAAACCCCACCCCUGGGCCGUAAAAUCAGCCGCAAGGAGCAGGUCUCGGCCAAGCAGAUCAAGGAGAAAGUGAUGUCCUCCCAUGCCCCGCCUCUGUCCUCGCAAGCCUCCAGCGUGACCAUGGCGUCCUUCUGCGUGGAGGACGCCACGGACGGGCGGGGCACACCCACGCCCCGCCGCUCCCAGUGCAACAGCAUCCUGCACCUGUUUGGGGCGUGGCUGUUUGAGGCCGCGCUGACCGGCUGUAAGUCUCGCAAAAUUGCCUCGCCUCCACGGCGGAGGUCUUUAGCUGUUGAUGCCCGCACUAACAUCACUAACUUUGCUUUCGGUAAGGCAUUCAAGCGUCACCACUCCAUUGCUAUUCCCGACGCCUCCCGCUCAGGCCACCUCAGCGAUCUGCGUGCGGUCUCGCUCCAGGAUCCCUUCCCCGCCUCCGUGGCAGCCAAUCCACUCUUUGACAUGUCAGAAUUCCCUGACAGUUAUGAGGCAGGGCGAGCCGAGGCGUGCGGCAUGCUCUGCCGGAUCUUCACCAGCCGCAAGUCAGAUGAGGAGAUUCAGCAGGCUUACCUGGGACGAUUCUACGUAGCGUUCAGCCAGGGCGUCAGAGUGGAUGAGGCUUUAAGUGGUCAGGUACUUUCCAAUGUGCUCUACAACUCCACUAAUCUGCUGCGCAUUGAUUUGAAAGGAGUCCAGGUACUUAUCCCAGAUAUCAUCACAGCAUUGCAGAUCGUGCUUCCAGAGAAGGAGAUUCGAUUCCAGUCUCUAGUGUCCAACCAGCAGCUACGAAGGGCAUCCAUUCAUCUCUUGUUAUCCAUGCUGUGCCUACCCCAUCACUUCAAGAAUCUCGCCAUCCACGACUUGAUGACCGGCAAAGAGAUGACCACAGAGGACAUGCUAGGCCGGACCGAGCAGGUCACUUUCCUGUCCCUCAAGCCCAAGUUGGUUGACCUCAUGAUUGCUGCCGUGCAGUGUGAGACCGACUCCUACAACACACAGAUGCUUCUUGGUGCAAUGCAUUUUUGUGUUCUGGACUCGGCAAUGUGCGAGGACAUGGAAGCCAAGCAGGCUAAGAUGGAACAGACAGAAAACAUCCUACACGAGGAGGAUGAGGAAGGAAUGGAUGCGGGGACUAGUGAUGCAGACAAGACAAAGAGGGACAGUGAUCUGGAUGAUAAGCGGGCUAGCUCUGGGAGUAGGACGUCAUCUCGUAGCUCAGUCGCUGGCAGAACAGAUUCAGCCUGGGUGAUCUUUGUGCGUUGUUGCCACCUGGUGUGCCAACGGUUGAUGUCAGCCUGGAGCACUGACUACACCGUUGCCUUGGCAGCACUGGAGCUUCUUGCCGGAUUGGCUAAGGUCAAGAUCAAAAUCUUAGAUUCUCUGGAAUGCAAGCGUGCAGUCAAGUGGAUCUGUGACCAUAUCGUAUACCAGUGUAGUCGUCCAUCUAUUCCCUGCUCUGGUGUCGGACUCUUCCUGCAGGAAUGCCUGCAGUGUGUCUUGGAGGUGGUUGAGUUGGGUAUCUCGGGUACCAAGUCACAACGCAAGGCCUCGGUAGCGCCAGUCUUCAAGCACGACAAGGAGCUGAAGCCAGCGUCCAAGAGAGUCAAAGAUGCUGCCGAGGGUCUGUUGGCAUGCUUGCUGAACCAUGUGGGUUCUUUUCCCAACCCCUGUGGUCCUGCGUCAGUUGGCUCAUUACUGGAUGAGCAAUCAUUGCUGAAAUACAGUGCAAACGGCGCUAGUUACGGCGCACAUCACCAGGUAUCAUUCCGAUACUUUGUGUUGGAGAACGCUACACUGAUGGCUGUGCUGGAGAGACCGGUUACAGACAAUGGUGGAGAGAUUUUACCAACAGUAACAACCAUCAUCCGUGGACCCACAGGCCGACAUGUCUGGACCAUGAAACUGAGACAUUGGUCUAAGAAAGAAAAGGGAGACACUCCAUCUGGCCUUAGCUAUCCCAUGAGGCCUCAGCCUGACGAUCACGUGGGCACCCACCAUGAGAUCACAUCAAGGCACUACCCAGAAGCUGUAGACAAGGUCCCUCUCACCCAGGCGGAUCAGAGUAUUCCUCCAUUGGAGGACAUUGAAACUGACACCCUGCGAUCCGACCAUCAAAAACUUGAACGCCUCAUCGAAGAACAGACCGAGUAUGAGAGGUUUGUGUGUGAGUCGGCCAUGGAGGACAUCAAGCGAGGGGGCUAUCCCAAUGCUCGCACCGAGUGCAAACCGCCCAAUCCCUGCCGAGAGUUCAGCUCGGCUCGUCUGAUCCUGUCUCACUUAGGAUACUUGAGUCUUGACUCGCUUAAGGAUCCGGAGAACAGUUCCAUCCCACCUGCUGUGGUUGCCCUUGACGAUGACUUAGCAAACUUUACCAGUGACCUGAGCGCGCUCGAUGCCAUUCCGAGUCGGACCUACGAUACAGCUUUCAUCUUCUACGUCAAGGCUGGACAGUCCGAAGCCCAGGCUAUCAUACAGAAUGUGACAGACAGAGCUAAUGUCCAGCCUCAGUUCCUGGAAUUCCUGGGGUCCUUGGGCUGGUCAGUGGACGUCCACAAACAUGCGGGCUGGACAGGAAACGUUGCCACCAGCUGGAAGAUCACCUUUACUGACCAGACAGACAGCUCCGCUGACCCAACCACAGAAGCUGGAGAGGAACCAUCAGCUGAGGUGCAUGGUGGUAGCUUGUAUAACGGAGAGACCCACGUUCUCUACUAUGCUGACGUCAUGUCUGAGAUAGCUUUUGUGGUGCCCAGCGAGAGGCAUCAUAACUCUGGCAGGCGUCACUCGGCUGGUGAUGGUAUUGAUGAGCCUCCCAAAACAGCCCCCCUACUGACCCACAAGAGCACCAAGUCCCUCCCCUUGAGCACCCGUAGUCUGACCCUAGACCUGCCCUCGGACUCAGGGGCCCCCUCCACCACUCCGCCCCAGGUCAGUCCCAUGGGCUCCCUGGAGAGGGGACGGAAGUCACUGCACAAGAAGGGUCUGGCCCUGGGCCCCGAGAUCAAGGUGCUUAUUGUCUGGUUGGAGAGCUUUGACGAUCGUGAGGCCUUCCCGUUGACGGAUCUGCUUGAAGAGAUGAACACUGGGUUGGAGACAUUAUGCCAAGGGGGGAACUCAGCCUCUCAAGUUAAGUCCCUGGCAGAACCCACCGUGGUCCUGAUGUUUAUCCACCCCCUGAAAAGUGGACUUUUCCGGAUACAUAUGCACGGCAGACCAACUCAAGCCAUUCCUCUUGUGGACGGUAUGGUGGUCAGUCGUAGAUCCCUUGGAACGUUAGUCAGACAAACCGCCAUCAAUGCUUGCCACAGGAAACGCAUGGAAACAGACUCGUACUCCCCGCCUCAUGUCAAGAGACGGCAGAAGAUUCAGGACAUGGCUAACAAGUAUCGCAGUCGCCUCUCCGUCCCCGAGUUCUACACCGCGCUCUUUGCUAAUCGCCGGAGAUAAUCACCACUGAUACAGCGUUAAUGACUUCAGGUGAUAAACCACAUUUAGGGGUAAUUAAAUGGAUGUCACUAAUGGCUCAUAUUUAAAUUAGAUUUUCAUUUAACCCAAAAGCAUUUAAGUUUUUAAUUAAGCCUGUCUGAAUUGCCAUUUCCCUAGUUAACUUAUCUGCCAUUACUUUAAUUUACUUACUCCUGGUGUAACUGAUUCAUUUUGGGAGACCUUGUGAUUAAAUCAAAACAGCCAUUUUGUCACCAUCAGAUUGUAAAUGCUCAGUCACGAAUAAUUACUGCUGCUUGCAAAGAUUGUGUAGAUUAUUUUGUCAGUGUCAAUAGCGAGUGACGGCAACAUGCAACUUUGUAAGGAAAGUCACAUCUUAAUUGUGACUGCGUUUCUUGUACUGCAGUGGUCCAAUUUCAUCUGGAGGAUUAGUUGGAUUUCAGUUCCUUUGCUGACUAGGGGUUGCUCAAUAUAAACAUGAUGGACAAUCCUUUUUUUGGAAUUGUGGGGAAAUAGUGGCAUCUGUAGAAUGUAACUUGAAAUCUGAACCUCUGUGGCAUUGUAACUUCAGUGGAAAUAAUUUGGAAGAUAGCAUUGCUUGGGAGAUUACGCCAUAGAAAUUCUGGAUAAGAUGUACAUGUACCUUGCAAACUUGCAAUUCAACAUUUUAGGCAUAGGAAUGUAAGCAUGUACUUGUAUACACGUGCAAUAGUUGAUCUUUUCAAAGUAUCUCAAGCCAAUUGUGAGUAUAAUUAAGAUAUAUAAAUCAGUGAAAGAUAAGCGUCAUUUGUAUAUAGAAUUGGAAUAACUUCAGUUAAUAUUUUGUAUGAUGGACUGUUUUGCUCUGUCAUUGGAGGAAUCGGUGUCCAAUUAAUUGCAGGAGAAGAUGCUCAAUGAACUCCACUUUUUGGGCUGGGUAAUUUUAUUACAGGAUGUCAUCCGACGCCGUAUGCAGCUUUCCACCAUCUUUAUUUUGCUUGCCAAUAGUGAUCUUUCUAUUAUCAUCUCUGUACACGUAAUAACAGUAUAAGUUUUGAAACUGAAUAUGACUAACCAUCUAAAUGGAAAUUGUAUAUUUCUAGCCUGCAAUGUCCCUUUUUUUUGGCCGGAUUUUGUUUUGGCAGGUGCUUCACGUUGCAGCAGAUUAAAUCAUCGCUUCAUCUGUAA